AUGAUUCGACUAGCUCUAACUCACGUUUGGCCCGAGAACUGCGUUGUUUUAUUAAAGAGUAGUUUAAAAUUUAUGCCCGGUUUUAAUGUUUGUGCGUAUCUCUGUGAAGCUAUUUUCAUAAAUAGAUUCAGCAAAGUCGAUGCGCACAAAUCAAUUGAGCAAGCGAUCAAUGCAAUACGAAACCAUAGAAAGAUAUGGAUAUUCCCAGAAGGAACAAGAAACACAAGUGAUAGAAUGCUCCCCUUUAAAAAAGGUGCUUUCAUUAUAGCGCGUGAAGCCAGCGCUGAUUAUAAAUUUGACUGUAAUGGCCGUGUAAUAAUUGAAAUUCUUCCUGCAAUUGAUCCAUUUGCAUAUUCCGAUAUUGACAGUGUGAGUGAAGAAUGUCACAAACAGAUGGAAAAUGUUUAUCGAAAAAUAAGCGAUGAAUUAUGUCCAAAUAGGGAAUAG